GCUUCCUAGCUCAAGAUUGUUGCCUCGAGUAUAAACAAAGACAAGACAGACUCAUUUAUUCCAGUUUCCAGGCCUGGUGUCACUUUAAGGGCCUCCGAGCAGGCUUAAGUCUUCAUCUCCACAGCUAAAGGCAAACGUUUAAAAGCUCCUUUGAGCGGAAUCAAAAGAAAAAGGCGUCGGGCUCUUGCUGCUGUCUUUAAUUUGCCUCCAGAGCUGCAGAAAAGGACGCGCAGCAUUCCUUCCAACCAUGGAGCGAAAAGAAAGAGACGGGAGCUCUUCUUCGAGUAGAACUAAGUCGCACAGCAAGCACCGCGAGCUCCUCGAGCUCCGCCGAGAGAUAUCACCAGGCGGUGGGUCCAGCUACAAUAAUUUCGCCAAGGACAAGGAAAACUCGGAGCCAAUGGAGCUAGGCAGCCCCCCGGCUGGCGCUCUCUCUCCACAGAUGAAUAUAGAGGAAGAAAAUGUUGUUGAGACUGAUUUAUUAUCACCUAGUCAAUCUGGAGCAGCCAGCACUACAGAGUCCAGUGCAGCUGCAAAGCAACCAGCUGCUCCACUGAACAGCUCAAGCUCUGCAUCUGCAGAUCUUAAGCAAAAGAAUGGAGUAGGGAUUGAAGCCGGACGAAGUGCUGUCGGCUCACCGCAGUCUCUGUCUCAGAUCAUGAAUCUCCCAAGCUCUGCUUUCUCUUUUGAUUUGAGCGAGUUCCAGUCCCCGAGUGGGUCUGGGUUCCUGAGCCCCGUUAGUUCAGCUAAACUAGGCAAGAAGAGACCUCUCUCAAUAUCCCCGCUCUCAAGUAGCUCUGUCAACAUUGAUGCACUUGUUAGAGGCUCUCCUACGUCACUCCUCAAUUUUAUUACUCAGUCUCGUUGCAGCUCAGCUGGUUCGUUUGGCCACCUGAGUCCGUCUCUUUACACCGGUACAACCAGUCGUCAUGCCGGCUUUAACCGACCCUCAAUCUCACUCUCAAAAGCAGUCCACCCAUCAUCUCUGUUACCUAAUAGCACUCCUGCUACUACUAUCAGUGGAGGAGGAGGAGAUGGAGUAGGCUUCAUAACAUCUGGCCCUGAUGAUGUAGACGACUCGGAAUGCAACAAGGUUCUCUCCCAGCAGGCUCCUGAUAGAAUGUCUACCAUGAAUUCUGAACUAGCUGACAUUGCAGACACUGAUGCUAGCAUUCAGCCAAUGCUAAGGGCCUCGCUGGAGCAAGAAUCAGAAGGAGAGCUAAGCUUACCUGCCGAGCCAACACAAAGCUCAACCUACUCUGAGAGUGCUUCAGAGUCUGAACACAAGAUGUAUCGCAAUGGAGGAGGAGGAGGAGGUGGUCGUAGGAUCUACUAUGCAUACCCUGCAGUUGAGGAGCCUCACAACAACUGCUGCAUGUGGGAAGGCUGUCAGCAACAAUGCGAGACUUUGGAUCAUCUCGUGACGCACGUGAACAACGACCACAUCUACCAAGAGAGCAGGAAAGAUUUUAUCUGUCGCUGGACGGGCUGCGUGAGAGAGAGGAGGCCUUUCAAAGCUCAGUACAUGCUCCUGGUACACAUGAGGAGGCAUACUGGAGAAAAACCUCAUAAAUGCCACUAUGAAGGAUGUGACAAAGCAUACUCGCGUCUUGAAAACCUCAAGACUCACCUCAGGUCCCACACAGGAGAGAAGCCAUACCUGUGCAAGUAUGAAAGCUGUGGGAAGGCAUUCUCAAAUGCCUCAGAUUGUGCCAAACACAUGAACAGGACUCAUUCUGAUGAGAAACCUUAUGCUUGUCUCAACCCCGGCUGCAUGAAGCGAUACACUGAUCCAUCCUCACGUCGGAAGCAUAUGAAGAACUGCCAAGUUAACAAAAAGGCUCGUACUGGCGUGACUGAUUUCAUAUCUGAAGGCGAUGACAUGGACACUGCUCGCCCUCCCUCCCUCCCUCCUCCAUCGUCUGAUUUCACUUGCUUUGUCCCUUCAACCGUCAAGUCCCCAGCCCAGCAGACCGGAAAGAAAGGAAGCAGGAGCAAGAAGGGCGAUAAAAAGCAACGCAGCACCAAAGGAGAAGACACUAGUAAGAAUAAUCACGGGCUGCUUGAGUUUCCAAACAGCAGCGUUGAUAUGGGGUACAUGUCAGGUGGAUCUCAGUGCACUCCAGCUAUGGGACUAAUGAGUUUACUGAAGAAUGGACGUACACAGCUGAGUGGAUACAGCUCAUCGGGUUACUACGAGACAGAGUAUACCAACCUACAGGAAGAUACCCUCCCUCUUGUUCUCUCCUCCUCACUCUCUGACCAUCAGUCGUUAGAAGGGCCGUACUACGAGGCUAGUAUCAAAAGAGAACCUUUCAGUCCUUCAUCUUCCUCUUGCUCUCAAAUUGAUCACUUCUCUCCGUACCAGCUCUCCCAAGCCCAGCCCCCUCCUCCGUACUUCAAGCAUGGACUCCAUCCACUGCCGGAGUUGCAGGCGUUUGGUUCGGGCGGGAGUUUUCAAGGAUUCUCAUCCCAGUCCUCAGGUGGGGGCGGAGUCGAUGUUGGCUCAAGUGGAUAUUCUAGUUUUGGUGGUUCGCCAGUUAGGAUGAUGAACAGUGACGAAACCUGUUCUCUUGGUGGUAGCUAUCGAUCAGGAGGUGGUGGGAGUGAGCUGGGGUCCUCUUCUCAUUCUAGCUUCUCAACUCUCUCCUCUCACCUCUCUUCCCCUAUUAGUCAUCACAAUGGAGGAGGAGGGAGGGACUACUCCAAACACUCGUAUCGUAAUCUCCGCCCACCUGAUCUGAUCCUCCGACCUCACCAACCGACUUACUCCGUCCAAAUGUCCGAUAUUAAAGUUUCCGGGGGCGGUUAUCGUUGUCAUAGCGACGAGGUGUCCCUAAGAUCAUCUCAUAGCUCCCGCUACUCCGGCAGCGAGUAUAGCGACGACUUGUCUCAUCGUCACGGUAGCAUAGGACCUCCCCCUCCUCUCCCUCCCCCAGAGGCUCGUUCCUCUUCUCGUGAGCCGCUCCCUCUCCCUCACUCAAUGCAGGCCCAGGGACACGAGUACAUGACCAGUCAACCAGACAUGACGUCGAUGAGGACUGACUCUCAGUUCACUGGAAAGAGCGGAGUCUAUCAGCCGUACUCAGUUGGUUCUCUUCCUCUUAAACACUACGACCAGCCCCCGAUCCAUCAACAGGGGAAGCACGGUCUCCCAAUAAUAUUUGAGUCUCAAGUCCACGCGGGGAUCGCCAACAAUUGCCCAAAUAUGGUCAUCGGAAACAUGGCGCUAAACGCCAACCAACUUCACCAAGAUAAUAUCAUGUUUGAGAAUCUCUCCACCUCUAGUUCGUACAUAGGGUUACCCCAUUAACUUGUGACUCUGUAGCGUAUUGUACCGUAUUGUGAUUAAUUAAAUCUCUAGAGCCAGCCAUAUGUACUGUAUGUAUGUGUAUAUAUAUGGUCGUGUAUAUUUGCAAGUAUGUGUGUGCAUGUUGUAACAUCACUUACUCAUGUACAUUGUUUAUUAAUAGUGAAUGUCUUAUUAUUAUUAUUAUUACUGUUACAUAAGUAUAUAUAUAUAUAUAUAUAUAUUAUCAUUUUUAACACAAUUGCUCCAGUGCUGUUUUUAAAUCCUUUUCAAUCUCCUUUGUAUUUGUUAUUAUUUUUAUUAUUGUUUUUGUAAUAGUUCCCCUCCCUAUGCCUUUUCUUAUUAAAUAAAAAGUAUCAUUUUUGCUAAAAUAA